UGAGUACAUUUAUUCAAAUGUUUCCAUUUUAUGCUACUCCAGUAUAUAUCACUGAAAAUACUAUGCAUUUUACUUCACUUUUAUAUUCUAUUUCUAUUUGUAUAGUGUUGUAUCAUUUCUUACUUAAACUCACAAUGAUGUCAUUUUAAGCCACAAAGAGCAGUGGUUCCAAACAUUGUUCUUAAGGAAUCCCUUUUUUCUAUCUUUUAGCGAAGUGACGACCCCUGACUUCAUUAGAUAUUUCAUAUGUUAAUAUUCUAUUCCCCUGUGCAUUUCGGGUUACCCUGAAAGGGGGUUAGACCCCCAGUCUGGGAAAUAAUGCACUAGAGAUCUCUCAAUCAAAAGCAGAGACAAAAGACGUCCAUGGUGAAGAAGUUUGGGUUCAUGGGAGUUUUUCAUUGCUCGGCUCUUUAAGUUAAAUUCAUUGUUUGUUGUGCAAGAGAAUUUGACUGGGAACCAUAUGUUCGAGCAUGUUUUAGCAGAUUGUAACCGCUAAAAAGUAAGUUUCAUGUUAAAAAUCAGAGUUUCUCUGAUAACUAGUAUUUAUGGUGUUCUUCCUGCAGAAAUGGAAGUUAAUAGCCAUAACUAAAAUUCAAUGUAACAUAAUCUAAAACUAAGAGUAAUUGUGUUUUUGUUUUUUUUACCUGAGAAUGGUCCCAACAUAUCUAUAUAGGAAGGUUGUCCUCUUUCGCAGAGUCAUGUUGCACCUAAACCAACAAACUAAACUGGAUUUAGAGAGGACCUUUUUCAUUAUCUGAAGGCCACUGUAGUUCUCAGACAUGGUUCUAAAACUUUAUGAAUGCAAGCCGAAGUAGUUUGAAAGAUGACCUCAUACGAGGCAAAGGCCGUCAAAGACAUCACCAAAACUGCACACUGUCCUUUCAUGAUCAAAAAUCAAGAUAUUGUCUGGAGAAUCGUGGUGUGUAGCACGCAACUAGAGAUAGCCUUGUCACACUUUUCCCCACUGGAAAUAGGCAUAGUCAUUUUGGACUAGGCGGGGGCCUCAAGUUUGUCUGAAGAUUUCAAAGUUGGUCUUUAUCGACGGAAAUUCCUGCAUCGCUUUGUCUCUCCAGACAAUGCUUUACAGGCGUACCAAUGCCUUUUGGUUUAAGAGACCUUUUUUGGAAAUCUCGCCGGGUAGAUGUCAAACAACCUGGACCUGAACACAAGCUGCUGUUCUCUCAGAUCCUUCCCUCUCUGCAAAACAGCCUCAUUCUGCAUUAGAAAAGUAUGCAGUUAAAACUUAAUAAAUCAAUGGUCAAGUGUUAUGAAGAUAAAACCUUUAAAGUGUGAUGGACUGUUAAAAUAAUAAAACAAACACAAGAGCAUAUGAAAGAUUACUAAAAUCAACAGGAAAAGUAAUCUGCAAUAAUCACAAAUAGUUAAAUUCACCUGAACCUCACUGCAAACUUCCUCUGAUUAUUGCAUUCAGUGCUUGGGUUAACAAUACAGUUUACCAGUUAUUCUGUACUGUUUUUGUUAUGCAUUGAAUAUAAAAUAAAAAAAUUCACCUAAUGGGGGGGUCGUAAGUUUACCCAAUGGUGUCCCUUAAGGGGAAAGGGGUCAGGAAACCACUGGUCUAGUCAAUUUCAGGGUUGCAGUGCAUGUGAGAAAGGGCAUUCAAAGUUUUGGCUGAGAAGACUGAAAGCUGAAAAGCCCACAGUGACAACCGGCAGACUAUAGAGGUGGCUGGAGGUUUCCCUCUGCACUGAAAGGAGAGACCAAAGGCUUGACUUGCCCCCUGCCGUCUCAUUAAAAUACUGAGCUGCAUCGAAAUAAUCUUGGAGGAUGUUGAAAGCCAGAACUGUUUUUUGCUUAGGGCAACUGAUAAACAGCUAAUUUACAAUGGGCAAGCAUGGGUACGUUUAUAUACAGAGAGGAAAAUAUGUUAAUGGCUAAAUACAAAGUUAUUCACACAAAAAACAGCAAAGUAAUAUCUGAAAAACAGUAACAGGGCUAAAACAACACACAGUUAACACCUGGAUAACGGAAAUGUUCAAACGUUUUGUAAUGUAAGUGAUAUCAUCAAACAUGCCAUACUGUUAACUACUGCAGAAUGAAUUAAUGUGUGAGUAAAUGCAAUAACUUUUUUUGCCUUGGGCAUAGCAAUAAGGAUGAAUGACAGGCCACUUAGCCACCUUGAACUUCAGUACUUGUGCAUUAAAAGCAACUUAACCUAAAGAAGGAAUGUGAGAUUUGUGCUUUGUUACUGUUUGGCAUUUUAAGAGGCCCCAAGAGACCUUCACACUUGGCAUGCUUUCUGUAAGGCGGCCAUUGGUGACUGGGGGUUGAGUCAAGAUGAGGGCCUUGUAGAUAUUCCUAAGUAUUAGUACUCUAAAACCCAAUGGAAAAAAUAACAAAAACGAAAGGUGAUAGAGCCUCUGCAGAACUCAAACCUCUGUAGCACAUUUCCACUAAGGAUCAGAGUACACUCUUCCUGUGUGUGUGUGUGUGUGUGUGUGUGUGUGUGUGUGUGUGUGUGUGUGUGUGUGUGUGUGUGUGUGUGUGUGUGUGUGUGUGUGUGUGUGUGUGUGUGUGUGUGUGUGUGUGUGUGAGGGUAUCUUCCCUCUUGUUUUAUUUAUAAAGUAUUUCCCCUUGUGCGUUACAGACAACUCAAAUUCAAAAUGAGCGUUCUUGUUGCAACUGUCCUGAUGUGAUUUGUAAAAAUAUUUGUAUAAUGAAAUACAUGUACAAUAAAUACAAGAAUUUUAAAAUAUUGUUUUUAAGGCAAUUCAAUAACAAUUACAUACUUUUUUAGGGUUAAUUAAUAAAACACUGUAAUACUUUUAAGCAAACACAGGAUUAGGGGUGUUUGUAUUAAUGGAUCAUUUGAUCAACAAAAUAUUUGUUUUAAAUCCUCCCUGGUUUCUUAGAGUCCAAAGUGAUUUCUUUAAAUGUCUUGACCUGUCAGUCUGAAAGAAAAAUGUAUUCAGCAGAAAAUCUCCAGAUCUUAAAGGUUUUAAAAAAAGCAUUUAAUGGCAGUUUUGCAUGGAAUUUGAACACUUAACAUAUCACCCUUCACAAUGGUUCCUAAAAUUGCUUUUGGAUUUCCUUACCAAAGAGGAUUUUGUUUUUAUGGCUAAAAAGUGGUGGAUAAAUGAAACAAUUAUUCUUAUUGAGCAAUCUGGACCAAGAUUCACUCAACGUUGUUUUGUAUCGCACCUGGUGGAGUGAUUAUGCAUGACUCUUUAUGACGUAUCACAUACUGUAAAAAGUUGAAUUUUAUGUUUUUAGUAUGUUUGUGCUUACUGUGCCAUGACUGAUUCUCACAUCACAUUUUUGCUUUAACAUGUUGUUAUAUAAUAUAAAUAUGAAACUACUAUUAAAAGUAUAGUACCAAAAGACAACUUGGCACAUGGACUUUAGCUCAGGUUAAAAGAGGAGUAGCAGUUAGAAAGCAAAAUACACGUGCUCAAAAAAUAAAAAAGUGCUAAUGUAGAAUUCCUGUUAUGACAUAUUUUGUCCGAUCACAAUAUUACACAUUGAUUGAUUUGACAGGUUAACAAGCUAAUCUGUAUUCUUGAGUGCCUUCAAGUCAGUUUUGCUUCAGGAAAAAAAAAAUUCAUCCUCUGGUGUUCAGUCUCGCUUUCAAAGCCUUCAAUACCAUGUCCAAAUAGGAUUAGUCACACCUAAUAUAUAACUCUCCUCUUUGUCCAUGAAGAGCAUGGUGCUUUUGUAAGAGGCAAACUUUUGCUUCAUAUCUAGAGGUCCCCCUUGUGGUAAGAACAUCUUGGAGUCCAAAUACAUAUCCAGCCCCAUAUUCGUCGGCAUCAGACAUUCCAAAAGCAGUCUAUCCAAAAUCCCAAGAACUUUUGCCACUCUUCUCCUUAGACUUUUACUGGCUCAGCAGUAUGGCAGACUUUCUGGGCAGGUUUUGUCAUCUCCCUCCUAAGGUUUCUUCACAAAAAGUCACAGAGCGUGGCAAAUGGGGCAGCAAAAAAGAGUUCAUUCUGUCGGUGGCUGGUGCUAUUAUUGGACUGGGAAAUGUGUGGAGAUUUCCAUAUCUGUGCUACAAAAAUGGUGGUGGUGCCUUCUUCAUUCCUUACAUCCUGUUCCUUGUGGCCUGUGGUAUUCCUCUGUUCAUACUGGAGGUAUCACUGGGCCAGUACACCAGCCAGGGAGGAAUCAUGUGCUGGAGAAAGGUCUGUCCUUUGUUGGAAGGCAUUGGAUACGCCAGCCAAAUGAUAAUUUUCUAUGGCUGUAUCAGCUACAUUGUGAUUUUAGCCUGGGCUUUUCUCUACCUUUUCGCCUCAUUCACUGAUGAGCUGCCAUGGGCCACAUGCAAUAACACAUGGAAUACAGAUUCUUGUUUGGUAUUGAACAACUAUAACAUCACUGCUAACUGGACUUCGCCUGUGAAUGCAUCAUCAUCUAUACUAGAGUUUUGGCAUCGACGAGUGCUGAAUAUAUCCACUGGCAUAGAUGCAUUAGGAAACAUACAGCAGGACCUUGCUUUGUACCUUCUUCUGGCCUGGGCCCUCUGCUACUUCUGCGUCUGGAAGGGAGUGAGAUCCACAGGAAAGGCUACCUACUUCACAGCCACGUUCCCCUUUGUCAUGUUGGUGGUGCUGUUAAUCAGAGGAAUGACGCUUCCUGGAGCCCUCCAUGGCAUCAAGUACUACCUGUACCCCAAUCCCAUGCGACUCUUUGACCCACAGGUUUGGAUGGAUGCUGGAACCCAAGUAUUUUAUUCCUAUGCCAUUUGUCUGGGAUGCCUGACUACGCUUGGGAGCUACAACAAGUACAACAACAACUGUUACAGAGACUCCUUCUAUCUCUGCUUGUUAAACAGCGGGACCAGCUUUGUAUCUGGCAUGGCAAUUUUCUCCAUUUUGGGCUACAUGUCACAACAACAGGGUGUCGACAUUGCUUCAGUUGCCGAUUCAGGCCCCGGCCUUGUGUUCAUAGUCUACCCACAAGCUGUGACCCUUCUGCCGUUUCCUCAAGUCUGGUCUGCGUGCUUCUUCAUCAUGAUCAUCUUGUUAGGAAUAGAUGGACAGUUUGUUGGGCUUGAAAGUGUCAUGACCUCUCUGUCAGACACCUACCCAUCCCAGAUCCGAUAUGGAUAUCGAAGAGAGCUUCUUCUGCUGCUGAUCUGUGCUGUUUGCUAUGUGUUGGGCCUCUUUUUGGUGUCACAGGCUGGAGCAUACAUUCUGCAGAUAUUUGAUCACUAUGUAUGCAGUGGUCCCACUCUGCUUCUGAUGGCAAUCUUACAGUCUGUGGUUAUUGGAUGGAUCUAUGGUGCUGACCGCUUCUGUGACAACAUUCAGGACAUGAUUGGGUACAAACCCAUUUCCCUGUUAAAGUACUGCUGGAUGUAUGUCACGCCUGUUAUUUGCAGUGGCACCCUUGUGUUUAUGCUCCUGAAAUACACCCCUAUGAAGUUCAACAAGUCCUACGUGUACCCUGGGUGGGCGUACCUGAUCGGCUGGUUUCUAGCCAUGUCCUCUCUCAUGAUGAUUCCUGUGACCAUGGUCUGCAAACUGGCCAAAGGGAAAGGGACUCUCUGGCAGCGUAUCAAGUCGUGCUCCCAACCUGCAGAUGAUCUUGCAGUGAAGACACAGAAAAAUGGAAGCGCCUCCCUGCAUGCCCCUGAUGCUGCACAUAACCUCAAAGUGUAAUAAAAGGCUUUUUUUUGUUUGUUGUAUUUCAAAAAUAUGUAGAGCAGGUUUACUAUAUUAUAGUAAACCUGCUCUUCAUGGUGGUGUGUAUUGGUUUCCAGUUUUUUUUUUAAAAGUUGAUUUAUCUGAAUACAGUAGCCUAUGCUAAAUGUCUAAUAGUUGGAAUUGUUUCAGGUAGUGAUUGUACAACAUACUGUACUAAAUAAAGUUGCAAUCUAUUUUCCAAAAACGCUUCUCAAAUACCUCAAAACUUAAAAUACAAUAAAGUUUCUGAAUGUUUCAGCCCAUUCACAACUUUCCCAUUAUUGCCGUCUAUAUAUGGGGAAUUACUGUAGUUUAUGACGGUUCACAUCACGGUAUCAAAAGGAAUUUACUAGGAAACUUUGAAUUCAUUUUAAAUAAACCUCCAUCACAGUGAGCAAAAUGAUCGAUUAACAGUAAGCAAGUGGUGCCUAAAAAGUGAAAGUAUGCAAGACAUAAGAUUGCUGAAUAACAAGGUUGGUGCUUAUAAAGGGUUCUUCUCACUUCUAACCGCUGUUAAAUUUGUUGGAGAGCUAUUUUCUUGUUAAGUCAAUUUCAUAGUCAAUAUUUCUUUAUAACAAUCUCUAUAAGAUUAACAUCAAAAACAACAAUAUAAUACAUUUUGUUGUAUUGUUGUGUAUUAUUUUUAUUAAAGAUUUAAAAGUUGAACACUUAAGAUAUUGCGUGACUUUAGGACAAGUGUCAGUGGUAAAAUAGACUUGCUUGCAAUUGCUAUCUUUGUGAUAAAAUGUGCGAAACUGUCUGAAGGUCCUGACGGUAUUGUGUUAACAUUAUCAGUAGUGCUGAAAUUGCUGACAUAGCUUACACCAGGGGUGUCCAAACAUUUUUUCCUGAGGACGACAUACAGAAAGGAAUACAAAGGGCUGGACCCUUCAUUAGAGGUGAGGUAUGUCGCCCCAUAAGUGAAAUUACGAGUUAGCAAAAUCAAUCGAAUGUCGGUCAAUUAAUCUUGAUACUUGAAUAUGCUUUAAGAAACAUCACAGCUCUCCGUAGGGUUCCCUUUAUUUUGUCGGCAGCUCAUUCCUUUAAACAGAAUACUCAGAUUGCUCAUAAUCAGAGGAAAUACAACUAGUUAUGCAAAUAAGUUAUUGGGCUUUUUUUUUUUUUAUCAAUUAUGAUUUGUUUGAAACAUUUUCUAUUUUUUCAACUUUGAAAAUUGGUCUUAUUAACACAUGAAUACUACUGUGUAAAUUAUUAUUUUACAUAUUUAGGAAGUACAAUAUAAGAAAAGGACAAGUUUCAGGUGUGGGCUAUAUUCCAUUAUACUUUUAGCAUUUGCUGAGGGCCAAUUAUAAGUGGCCCCCGGGCCGUAGUUUGGAUACCCCUGGCUUACAAACUCAUUUCAUUGACUACCUAAAUUUCCUUUGUGAUUUAUACUGAAGAGAAAUUGAUGCUUUUUCCUGUCUUAUUUUUCAUAUAAUCAACAACAUAUAUUAAGCCAAAUAAAAACACUUCUUCAUAUUGUUAAA